AUGACUCCUCUCGACUCUCCCGCCGGAUCAGACUUCUCUUGUCACCCCUCCCGUCUAUGUUCCCCUAUCGCCUACCGGCCAUCGACCUCUUGUACAGUCUUUCCAGCUGGUUACUCGCAAGCAGAAGGUCAUGCACCUGCUGCUAUCGAUCUCUCCGAAUCCGAAGAUGAGUCAGCCAUGGUCGCCUCCGUCGAGGACGACUUUAAUAGUAUCGUGUUUGGCGUUGCUCACGGUUCCACCUCCGCCUCCCGCUCCUCGUCCCCUGCUGCUAGUGAUGUUGGCAUGGAAGAACUCCCCGGACCACUCGGAGUCGAGCUUGAUGCUGACUUGACCAAGAACCGCAGGGGGAAAGAAAUCGGCUCUUUGUAG